AAGGCCGUCAAGGCAGAGGCAACGGUAUACAUACCUAGCAAGAAGCUUUCGUACGCUCCAAGCUUGUGACAGCAAAUAACUUUCGCCUGCGCGCGUCGGCUCGAUAUCGGUCAGGUCAGCGUGUUGCACUUUGUGGUGCGGAUACUUCAUUCGGAGGCCCACAUGUUGGCAGCACCACCAGUCGCAUAACUAGACACAGCUGUCGACAACUCUUGCGAUUAUACUGCCCACAGCCAAGCGCGUUGGCGCCACCAUGACUUUGCCACUUCUGAGAGCCCUGACCGUUGCGCACCGCGAGCAACAGCAGCAGGGCUUUUAUCGCACUCGCCCUGACCUCAGCUCGAGGUUCGGGGCGCACUAUCGACCCAUGCGCAACCCGACCGCCGCUGCCGUCGCUAGCGCCUACAAUUCCUUCAGGCCGGAGGAUGGGAGCAUGUAUCAGCAGGAGGAAGGCAACAGGGUGCUACCGAUCGACGCGUUUGUAGAGCAGCAGUUCAUAAUCAAUAAUGUUGCCGUCGCAGCCGUCACGCUGUAUGCUUGGGAGUUCAUCUCGACUCUGCCCGCCGAAUUUAGCCUGUAUAGCCGCAUGGGCUGGAAGUCGGUGCAGCCAUGGCUCUUCGCCCUCGUCCGCUACGGGACGCUUCCGGCGCUAAUCCUGCCUGCCUACUCCACCUGGGGCGAUUUUGACAAUACAAGGGCCUGCCUCAUUCACCAGCAAGAGGUCACAGCGGUUGUGCAGCUGAUCGUCGCCGUCAUCUUUGUACGGCGCACGGUCGCCAUCUGGGACCGCGAUCUGCGCGUGAUGGUCUUCCUCAUAGUCCUGACCGCGUUGCAAUUCGCCAUGUCCUUUGGCCUGCUGUGGUUCACUGAGGAGACACUGCUCAGCAACGGCGCCUGCAUGCCGUUGCCGCGUCCCGGCUCGACGGACCUGCAGGCAUACUUCUACCUGGUGGCCUUUGUCUUCGACACCAUCACCAUCGGGCUCAGCUUUUGGAAGCUGUGCUACUACAGCGACCUCCCCGCUCCGACGAUGAACUCUCCCAGAAGAAGGUCUUCCGCCAUGCUGCACGACGACGGCAUUGCCAAGGAGUCGCCCAAGGUCAUAGGCGAGGGCAGGAGCAAUCUCGCAAGCGCGGCCAGACGUGCCUUAUCCCUUACUAUUCUGGGCCACAUCCACCGGCGUUGGGAAUCACUCAACGUGACGCCGUUGCUCUCGAUCUUAUCUCGCAACGGUCUCAUGUACUUUGUCGUUGCCAGCGCCUUCAACAUUGCCAACGUUGGCCUCGAGUUAAGUAAAAGCAUUCAUUCGAAAGCUCUGAUCAGCUUGUAUGCACCAAUUAUGUGCAUCCUAUGCCAGCGCGUCAUCUUGACUGAGGCACCGGCAUUCUCCAGUCGACGAGGGAGCCGGCACGCUUCUGCUAUUUCUUUCGGAUGCAGCGGCAAGCACCUCAACAAUGGUGUUAUCGGCAUCGGAGUCACCCGCCUGCCGUCGGGCGACAGCACGGGUUUCAAGAGGGACAGCACCGCAUCCGUAUUGCAGGCGCCUUUCCUUGCGUCGCUCAACGAUGUCAAUGGAUCACCAGCAUCAUUCGCACCAAAUUCAUUGGCGAAUGGGGGCCACCACCCAGCGGCCGGGUCACUGGCGAAGGUUACACGCUCCCCGUCCCUGUCACGUGGCAUAGUGAUGAUGCAUCAGCAGCAGCGCGAUACCGAAGCGCCGAUGACGCCCGAAAUGGCUCGAUUCGACAGCCGGCGAGGGAAAAGCACGACACUCGUGCAAGCGCUUUUAGGCGAGCGGCGGCACAGCUGGGAAGGUGAUGAUGCUAAUAAUACCGGUGCCGGCGUCGUACAGCAUGUGUCAGUGAAUGUUGAAGGGGCAGCAGCCGUUCCGAAGGCACAGGAUGGGGAAGAGCAUUGUCCAAGCGUAUGCUCGCAAGCAGCUAUCUCGUCGCCAGCACUCUUCUCGCGCCGAACCAAUUCCGACUUCUCUUCCGCUGCUCUCUCUUCCUCUCAAUGGAGCAACACCCUAGCAGCCGCAACGCCGUCGCCACGACAAGCGCCAGCUCCUGCGUAUCUCCUCUCCGAGCCGCCGUGCAACCCGCUUGCAGGAUCUGGUAGCCAUGUCGGCGCCGACGGCCUGCCUGUGCUCGAUGACGAGCAGAAGGCUGCAGCGAUGCGCAUGGCCGGCUUCUGAAUGCGCGGCCUCCCGCUCUUCUACGGACUGUUACCAUGCGCCAUGCUGGGUGUUCCAUUCACCUAUGGCUUCUUGCGAGCUGGACUCCCGGACUACAUAAUAUUUUCGCUGUGCUGAUCUCAAAGCUUGCUCCCCUUCAUAUAUCAUUAUCCAUUUUUA